AUGGAUAAUAACGCAGAAAAUUCGGAGAAAUCUCAUCUGAUUGACGAGAGGAAUGCGAAGAUGUAUUCCCUAAAAUUACAAAGGUCCUUUCCAGAUUCCAAAGAGCAGUACCCAGACUUCCCUUUUAAGAAUGGAAGCACGCCCGGUGCCAUUGAGCUGAGACGGCGCGUCGGCACACACUGCCACGGCCCCAAAGCUUUGGUAUGCGAGGAGAGUGGAGACAAGUUGCUGGCAAAGAAGAAACUUUACAUCGCUUCAGCAGUCUGCCUUGUCUUCAUGAUAGGAGAGGUCAUAGGAGGCUACCUGGCUCACAGUCUGGCCAUCAUGACUGAUGCGGCCCACCUUCUGACAGACUUUGGCAGUAUGAUGGUGAGCCUGUUCUCCCUCUGGAUCUCAUCCAGACCACCCACCAAAACCAUGAACUUUGGCUGGCACAGAUCAGAGAUCCUUGGAGCAUUCAUCUCCGUCAUGUCCAUCUGGAUUGUUACAGGAGUUCUGCUCUAUUUAGCCAUCGAGAGGAUUGUACGCAAUGACUAUGAGAUUGAGGGCCAUGUAAUGUUAAUCACCUCUGGAUGUGCUGUCAUUGUAAAUAUCAUCAUGGCUUACAUCCUCCAUCACUCCACCACCCUCCACCCUCAUGGCAGUGGCUAUCACCAGAUUGACGAGGACGGUCAGAGCCCUGUCAGCCAUGGCCACGCUCAUACGUUCUUGGGCAGCCAUGGCAACACAAGCGUCCGUGCCGCCUUCAUCCACGUGGUCGGAGACCUGCUGCAGAGCAUUGGCGUCAUGGUGGCAGCGACAAUCAUCUACUUUCGGCCUGAGUACAAAGUUGCAGAUCCCAUCUGUACGUUCCUGUUUUCUGUCUUUGUCCUCUGCACCACCAUCACCAUCCUCAGAGAUGUCUUCAGGAUACUCAUGGAAGGGUCUCCUAAAGGAAUCGAGUUUAACUCUGUGAAAGAGGUGCUGCUGUCUGCAAAAGCUGUGAAGUCUGUGCACUGUCUGCACCUGUGGGCUUUGACUCUGGGCCAGGCAUUAAUCUCUGUUCACCUGGCCAUAGAGGAGGGUGCCGAUCCUCAGUCGGUGCUGCAGGAGGCCACAGACCUGCUCCACACCAAGUUUGGUUUCUACAGCAUCACCAUCCAGGUGGAGAGCUACACUGAUGACAUGAACCACUGCUCCCGCUGCCAGGACCCCCGUGACUGAUACAAAUACUGGACUGGAAGGGCUCAGGCACACAACAUUAUUUCUGGGUUGGCUGGGCCUCUGACAACUGAUCUACCCUCACAAUGAAGCUUCUUUGUCACGGAGGAGAACUGGUUUUUGGUGUACUGUCAUGUUGGCCAUGAAGUCAAAAGAAAUUAAGAUGUCUAAAUCAUCCACGUGUCAGUAG